UUUCCAUCAAUAUUCAGAUUUUACACUUUUGGAAGAAAUGCAGACUACAUUUUGAAAUCCACAACCCUUUAAAAACCAAAGCUUCUGCAUUCUGAAGGGUUGUGAAUUUUUCAUGCCUCUAUUAUUUUGAUAUUUGCUCUCAGGGCAUGUGCACUGAAAACGGCCAAAGGAUUAAAGGCGAGAGGUCAUUGGAAACAAUUCUUACAAUACGAUUGGUUUUACAGAAAACGGGGGACAUCCUACAAGUCUCGUUUGACCUUUUGGGGGCAACAUGAACGUCAACAGCCCAUCGCCAAAAGGGUUGACCGAAGCACAUCGACGUUACUCUUUCCUGCAAAUAGCAUCAGAAGGACUGUCUCAGAACGAAUCGGAUUCGGAAAGCCUUGCUCAGGAGACCCAGUACCAGCAGGAACUGCAGAAAUGGAUCCAUAGAAAUCAAGAACAGGUCGAUCGGGCCUACGGGGGGCAGGCAGAUGAGAGCAUGGAGGAGGACAGUCUGGAAGAGAUGCACUCGAGCAAAGAAGGGUCCAAUGGGGAAGAAAUGCAGAGGCCAAGCGGAGGCCAGGGUGGAAAAGGGAGUCCAGAAAAUGCAAGCACUAAUGAGGAAAUUACGGACGACUAUUCCGAGCUGCGCUAUGAUCCACACUGGAAGGACAGUAAAAAAGGAAGCAGCUUUCUUGAGUUAGAAGAAUCGCAUCAGGAGGAGUUCAAAAGCUCAAGCUUCGUUUCUGAAGAUUGGGCCUGCUGUCCUUCCCAGGGCAGGUUCAUAUCCAGGAACGGCCAGUUACAGGAAAGACCCCAAAAUGUAUCACCAGGAAUUGCUGGAGAAUUCUGGAACCCUUGUGAUGAACCUGCAGAUGGCAGGGACAGACGGUUCAGGCUGGAUAAGGAAGGAGGAGAACCGGGCAUUGUCUACCAUUACAACAGCCAUGACAGCCUGACCAGUAAUGGCUCUAGGGUUCGGUUGAAAGAACCAAAGCAAAGAGUUGAAAAAGACUUUAUCGAAAAGAACAAACUCACUUUGGGAUUAGCAGCCCAGGGGAACAAUUCUUACCUUCGGCUCCAUGGUAGAAAGCAGAGAGAAGGGUCUCAAGAGAAGGCUCACCAGUCUGCAAGGUCUCCGGUGGAUGGAAUGACAUCAAGCCAAGCUGCGUCCCUGAAAGAAACCCCCUUAAGCAAGAGUUCCAUCGAACAUCCCUUAGGAACCCAAGUGGAACUAAGAAGCCGGCUGAGUGGUGGUAACAAUCUCUUAGAAUUUGAGAAUGCUUGCAUAGAUUCCAGUGCUUACAAAGAAACAUCCGAUUUGGAGUAGGACAGCAGAUGUGCUUUGCAUUGUGAGUUAUAUCCAUCUGCCUGCCUUUCCGUUGCAGAUAACUCCAGUGAAGACAGCCCAUUCUCCGCCCAAGCACCAUACCUUCUUCAGCACCAUGCCAAGAAAAAUCCCAUGAAUUUAAUCUUUGCUGGGAAGCCUCUUCAGCAGAGUUCAUUCCACAGCUUUCCAGGGCUUCUUUCACCAUGUCCUGGUGAAAAGAAGAAGUGUCAACACAGCCUCGAAAACAUCUCUGGGCCCCCUCACCCAUACUUCUACAGGUGUACCGUUUCAGAGCCUUGGCCUUUCACCCGUCAUGGCAAAUGCUGGAAUCCAUUAGGGCACAAGUGUGUUUCGUAUGCUUACAACAGUGCCCAGCAAGAGCCAGUAAACGGAGCAGUUUCAUCUUGCAAACCCCGGCACAUUUAUACAGAAGAGAUCCCUAACAACUAUGCUUUUGAUUACUCAGGGCCAUCUCAGCCACUUGCUCCUCACCCGAUAAAAAGAACCCUCUCUCCAACGGCCCGGCUCAUCCAGGCAGCAGAGCGGCACCAUCGGGAAAUCUCCCAUCUGGCAGAUGACCACCUUGCUAGGAAUCAGCUGGCCAGCAUGUUUCCGCCCAUAAUCCAGAGAGGGGAGAGCGACUCGCAGCUCCACCUGGAGAGCUGCGAAGAGACCCAGCCCGUCCUCGGCCGCAGCAAUUCUGAAGGCUACUUGCUUCAGAUGGAAAGGCAAAAGGGAAGGAAAGAAAAAGAGAACCGGAAGGGCUCUAGGGCAAAAGGUUACAUGAAGAUGGAUGUGAGGCUUGGAGGCCUUGGACCUGACUGUGAAACCAUCAAAGAGAAAUCAGAAAAGAUGAAGCACCAAAAAGUUUAUGCCAAGCAAGUAAAUGAACACAAUCUGAAGAAUAUCUCAAGUGCACGGAAACCGCAGCCGAAGACGGAGAACAAAUCAGCGGUGUCAAGGCAGAAGGCCCUUGAGUAUGCCAAGACAAUUCCCAAGCCCAGACUCUUUGUCUCGAGACCAUCCGAACAAGAGACCAAAGAGGAGAAAAACCUGGCACGCACUUUAAACGGAGAGAACCUUCCUCCAAUCUCCUCUCUAGAAUCGCUGCAAAACAGGCAUGAAAAGGAGAAGCAGGUGGUCGCUGCAUUCAAAACACUCCAUAUUGUCUGAUGAGCCCAUCACCUGAGGGACCAUCGACCUUCGCAGUAGCAGGGCUACUGAGCUCUUCCACUCAUCCACUCUCUUCUUGCCACAUUCACUCAGGGUCCUAAAGGACUAGCGGACAAUUAUGAGUUUAAUGAACUUCUGUAAGAUCUGGGAUGUUUUCCAUGAAUUGCAUUCAGCUUUACUUAUUUUUGUUGGAUUUUAUUGUUGAUAAUUAAAGCAUUGAGU